AUGGAGGGCGAUGAGGUUAUCGGUGCACCAAAGCAUCUGGACUGGCUGCAGAUGGUGCGCAUUAAGGAAGGGGAAGUUCCCUGCGUGAUCGCCUAUGUUUCGACUAGGCUAUCCCGCUAUCGUCCCGCUAUGCAUCACGACAUUGUCGACCAUCGCGACAUUCUCGUCCUCUCCCUCUUUAGCAGGGGUGAGGUCCUUAAUUUGAUGAAUGUCUACUCCGACGAUCAACACACAGCCAUCGAGCACCUUGCUGCUCGUGUGCAUUCUCUUCCGCCUUUCAUUUAUAUGGCAGGCGACUUCAACUGCGUUUCGACGACUUGGGAUGACUAUGAGCAUGGCGAGUCGUCGACAGCAAUAUCCCUGCGGGAUACCGCAUCUCAGAUCGGCCUCGAGUGGGCACGACCUUCUAACCAUGGACCGACGAGAAUCAGUCCUAAUCCAAACCAGAGAUCCAAUGUGUUGGAUCUUGUAUUCUUAGCUCCAUCUGAGAUCUUAAUCUCAAUGCCCAGAUUGGAGCACGAUCUCCAGGGUCUGUCAGAUCAUGUCCCGAUCUGCACAGAUCUUGAUAUCGGUCCCGAACCGCCCGGAUCUGGCGAGGCUGAAAAGUCUUUCAUUUUGGAUAUUCUCCGGGAUCUUGCGGCUAUUCCUAUCGCAGCCCUGGCUACCAAGGAAGGCCUUGAAGCUUUAGCCGAUGCUAUCACGACAGCAUUCUCGGACGCAUGGCUUGCCCAUUCAACCGAGUCCAAACCUACCAAGCGCUCCAAGUCCUGGUGGACGGAUGAGUGCUCGGAGACAUUCGGAGUAUAUCCGUUGAGCCGCUCGCUCGCUGAUUAUAACAAGUUCAAGAAGGUGUGUAAGGACGCCAAGCGUGAUUUCUUUGAUGAACGCAUCGCAGAAAUCGCCACUUCUCGCAAGCGCCCAUGGGACCUAAUGGAAUGGGUCAAACAGCGCAAGCUACCACCCUGUGAGGCUAUUCACAAUGGCGACCAGCCUUGCCACGAUAUGGACGACCUCUGGGACGCCCUUCACAGCACGUACAACUCGGCCUCUGGUCACGAGUACGACGCCUCCGUUUUAGAUGAGCUUCCUGAUGAGCCGGUCUGUGAGUGGGCUGACUUCUCGGAGCAUGAGUUGUUGAGUGCCCUGAAGGGGUGCUCCAACUCCUCUGCACCAGGACCGGACCAUGUCACUUGGGUCCACCUAAAGGAGCUGCUCAAGGAUAAACACGUCCUUGCGCUCUUCAUCGUGUUGGCCAACGCUUGCCUUCGGGUAGGUCAUUGGCCACGUAUAUUCAAGGAGUCGCUAUCGGUUAUCGUUCCGAAGCCGACUAAGCCCUCCUAUGCUGUGCCAAAGGCUUUUCGGCCUAUCAUACUCCUCAUCACGUUCGGUAAACUUAUCAAAAAGAUGAUUGCCAAUAGGAUACAGUUUGACGCUGUCAAGCAUGAUAUCUUCCAUCCCAACCAACUUGGCGGCAUCUGCCAGAGGUCAACUGAGGAUGCUGGAUUGAUUUUGACUCAUCUCGUGCGAGCGGGGUGGGUUAAUGGUCUCCAGACUAGCGCGCUAGCUUUUGACAUCGCGCAGUUCUUCCCUUCUAUCAACCAUGAAAUGUUCAUGGCUGUUCUUCGCAAGCAAGGGGUUUCGCCGGUUCUGGUGGAGUUCUUUGCCUCCUAUCCUGUAGGCCGCUCCACAGUUUACUGUUGGAACACCUUCCAAUCCGACUCGCGGUCUGCGGACGUGGGUGUCGGGCAGGGCUCUGCUCUCUCGCCUGUCAUCUCUGGGCUGUUCAUUGCUCCGGUAAUGAAGCUCUUCUACAUCAAGGCGGCGCCGCUUAACACGACGUUGCUUUCCUUUGUGGAUGAUGGGACCAUUCUGGCCCAAUCCAAACAACUUGAUGAUAAUAAUGUGGGCCUGCAUGCCUACAAUCCCUCGCUGGAUUUGGGGUACGCCCCACAUACCGGCGCUACACCUUUGAAGCCCAAGACCUAUUGGAGGUACUUGGGAUUCUACUUUGACCGCGGGCUCACGUUUCAUGAGCACGUUCGCUACUAUGCCACCAAGGCGUUCACCACCGUGCAGGCCAUGCGCAUGCUCGGAAACUCUACUAGAGGGCUCUCGCCUAAACAGCGCCGCCUCUUAUACUGGUCGUGUGUGGUACCCGUUGCCACAUACGGCUAUCGUCUCUGGUAUUUCGAUGGCACUCGCAAUAAGGGCACGAUGAACCAGUUGAAACGGAUGCAGCGAAAAGCUGCUCUAUGGAUUACGGAUGCUUUCCGCACCUCCCCCACAGGCGGUCUUGAGGCUCUAGCAGGUCUCAUCCCUGUCCACCUUAUGCUGAAGAAGUUGGCAACGCACGCAGUGUAUCGCGUAGCCACCCUCUCGGACACCCACCCUCUUCGCUCUAUGAUGGGCGAGGGACUCCUCAAGCGAGCCGCACCACAUGCUCGCUCAGCCGCCUUGAUGACCCCAGCCAUGCGAGGGAAAGUCAAGAGCACUGUCAUGGAGGUGGACGAGCGUGUCCACACCUUAACUGAGAGCUUCGAGCCCUUUGCGCCCGAAGCUCGCCCAGGCGAUCGGUUACUGGACCACUAUGCGGACCGUCUCCACUUUGAUGAGCGCGAUCCUACCCAGGAUAGGCGUCCAUAUCUAGAUGAGCUCAUCGCGAGAGCGAGGGCCAACCCACUAACAGUACUGGCUGCAACUGAUGGCUCUGUCCCUCAGUCCAAUCAGUAUCAGGCGGCUUCGGCUGCUAUAAUCUACAAGGGACAUCGUGAGCUCGAAAGGACUCGUUACGUCUCUGGCAGAGUUACCGCCCCAGAUGCGGAACUCAAUGCCAUCUCGUGUGCAGUGCGCCUUGCUGUCAAGCAGGCAAACUGCCAACAUAUUAUGGUCUUUACUGACUCUAUGGGCUCGGCCCAUAAAGCAGUUGACCCUUCCAUACAUUCUGGUCAGGCUUUUAGCCUGUCAGUCUGUUGCGCUCUCCAAGAGUGGUUUGAGGCGGAUGAUCUCCGCCGCAUUACCUUCGUCUAUGUCCAUCUGCUCUGUGGUGGGAUAUCCAUGGUGAAGCGCACAGACACGCUGCGCUCCCAAGCCGCGCACUCAGUCCUGGAUUCGUGGGGUUCCACUUUCCAGGAUCCAACCUACGAAGGCUCUGAAUUCUUAGAGCUUCAACAGCCGGACGGGCGGCUGCUACAGCCAUCUUACCUCAAUGGGGGACCUUGGCUUUCAACCUUCGGACACAGUAUCACUGAGUUCGCCCGCGUUUGCCGGUGUAUAACUGGCCACGCACCCAUUGGAGCGUAUUACCGUCGCUUCAAGAUCAACAAGCCUCACGGCUGCACUUGCGGGGCUGCUUUGCAGUCCUGUCAGCAUAUUCUCUUUCGCUGUCGCGAUCGCUACUCCGUGCAUUACCCCCGCUUUCUUGGGGAUAUUGCAUCUUUUAUGAAGUACAACCCCACAGCGUUUGGCUUCAACCGAGACCCCUCGGGUGUCGGAUAA